AUGUAAUAGAAUCCUUUAUAGUUAUUUUUAAGUAUUUUGGCAGCUCGAGAAGAAGUGAUAUUUAUGAUAAGAAUAAUUGGUCAUUAGAUGCACGAAGAUAAUCGAACUAAAAUAGGAAUAUUGAGGGAAUUGUCAGAUGAGAUCUAUAGAGGAGAAUAGAAAAGAGAAAACCUUGAAAAUCAUCUAUAUAAACAUUUAGGGGAAGGUUAUCGCAAACUAUUCCUCCCAAAAAUUAUAUAAAAAUACAUAAAGAUAGCUCAAUAUUAUUUAGUGAAGACAUAAAUAUAUUUUCCUAAAUAGGGGUAAUAAUUAUGUUAGGAUAUUGUUAAUUAACCAAAUCUAAGAACAACGAUUCAAUAAAUAAUUCAUGAACCAUUAGUGGGAAUUUUGAAAUUUAUAAUCAAUUUUCAGCGAUAAAAGUUAAAACAAGAGCUUUCACAUCUGCUAAAUUAUGAAUAAGAAGACCGAUGCAAUAGAAAUGAGAAAUUUUACAUUGAGCCAUUGAUUCUCGGAGUGUAUGGACUAAGAUAUUUAAAUGAUCUACAUACUAAAUAUUGCUAUACAGUCAGUAGACAUAGUAAUAGAAAUGUGUAUGAUGUAUUAUCCAUUGAUGAUAACACAAAGAUAUUGUAUUUAUAGGGAGGAGGAUUUAUAAGCUUAAUAAGUAGCAUAACAAGGUUAAAAGAUAAAUCAGCUGAUAAUACUUAAUCAGUAUAUAUUCCAGUUGAAAGUACUGUCGAAAUUAUAACUUAAAGAUAUGAAAAAUUGAUUAAAGAACUGAUGGAUUAAAAUUCCCAUGUGUAAAAGUCAGUAAAUAGAUAUUAUGAACAACACAGAAGAUAUAGGAUUAAGCCUUUGCUAAUUAAAGGUUACUCUACACCGAAGACAAAGGUGCAAGAGAUGAAGUCUUAGCGCAAUAAUAAGUAAAGGAUUAUUGAGUCUGGUCACAUCUUAAGUGAUAUGGGUAGAUAUUCUGAAUCAACAAGUAAAUUUUCCCUUUUAUUAGAUUCUAUAAGCUCACUAAGAUUAAAAUAAUAAAAAUGUAGAACCUAAAAAUAAUGUGAUAUUAUCUUUAGUGGUUUUGUUUCUCCCAAAUAAACUGCUCUCAGAAAAAAUAAAAGCGUUAAAAACUAUGAGACUGCUUUAUUAAAAUCCUCUGCUUUGCAGCCCUUUUAUGAUUUUCCUCUCAGAAUCAACACAAGUAAGAAAAAGAAAUAAAAUUGA